AUGUACAUCACUCUCUACUACCUUGUCACCCGGCUCCCUGACUCCCUUCGCUCGGUCAGGGACCACUUUCUCUCCCUUUGCCCCACCACACUCACCAUUGACCUCCUCGAGGAGCGCCUAGCAGCCAAGAAGAGUAUAGUCGCUGUAGGAGCCUCUCGUGGUGACCCUCGUGCCCCUUUCUUUGAGGGGUGCUCCCCCGUUCCCCUUUUGCCUUCUGUUGCCUCUGCUGCUGUUGUCGACCUCGUUGGCACCGAGUCGGUCGGCGCUACGUCUGCUCCUAGUGGGAGGUGCCGCAACGGCAGGAGCAAGGGGGGCAAGGGUGCUGGAGGAGAUGGUGGGGGCGGCGGUGGUGGCGGUGGUGCUGGUCGAGGUGGCGCUGUGCAGUGGGGAGGCUUUGGCGGUAGCCAGCGCCAGCAGCAGCAGCGCCCUCCUGAGACCCUGUCGCCCCAGCAGCUUCGUGAGUGGUACGCUGGGCGUGGGAGGUCAGGGGGUGCUGGUCCCUGCACUUACGUUCUCCGCAUCGGCGACCGCAGUGGAGAGACGUGUGGAGGACCGCACGCUACACUGCGCUGCUUUGGCCGCCUGACUAACGCUUGGCGUACGCAGUUUCCCGACUCCUCUGAGAUCCCUCGCUUGGGUGAUCUGCUUAAGUCGGGGGUUGCUAUCUUUGAUCUUGAUUAUGAUGCUAUCCUUGCUGCUACCUAUGCUAAGUCUAUUAGAGCUGAGGGUGGCUGUUACCUGCGUGUUCCGCCCGACUCGGGCAUUGAGGCUGCUGCUCUAGGUGCUAGUGAGUCUGCUGCUCCAAGUGCUGGUGAGUCUGCUGCUCCAAGUACUGGUGAGUCUGUUCUCUCAGGUACCGUGUCGGCUCAGGCCUUACACCCUUUCACCCUUGACUCGGGUGCUUCCCGCUCCUUCUUUCGCGGCUGCACCACACUCACGCCGCUCAGUCGGCCGGUGGCAUGUCCGGCGGUCCCGUCUAGCUCUCUGUCUGGCCUCCACCUCCCCUCGUUCUCCACGAACUUGGUGAGUGGAGCUGACCUUCAGGACGCCUGGGUUGACCAGUUCACUCCUGGAGGUCAGCAGGUGACCAACUGUUCGUGUACUGUGAUGGGCCGUCACCUGGCCACAUUCACUCGUCAGCCUGGGUCGAGCCUCUACACCCUGUCUACCGUGUCUCCUCCGGUUGCUGAGUCUGGUCAGGUAGCUGCGCCGGGUUAG